UCCAAUAGCUCGCGAUUCUGUUUGACACAAAACCAAAACAGUUCCUGAUUGAAAAUUUUCGCAGUUUUUGGAACGAUCGCGGAGUUUUUUUCAAAGUGUUUUAUUGUAAAUUAAUUUGUCUUUCUGCACUGGUUGUUGAAGUUAUGACAGAAAUCUGGAAUAUUAUGAAAUUCAGUGUAAGAUAGAGGAGUGAAACAUGCCGCCACCGCCCCCACCACCGCCACCAGGGGCACCACCACCCCCAGCUGCCCCGGCAGUAAAACUUGGGGGAUCAAAAGGAGCGAAACCAAACAGAGGGGCUCUUCUCGGUGAUAUCCACAAAGGAGCCAAGUUAAAGAAAACAGUGACAAAUGAUAGAAGUGCACCAAUUACAAGUAACAAGCCCUCCCCUAUGGGUAUGGGCGGAGGAGGUGGGCCGGGGAAGUUCAAUACUGUAGCAAGUAGGCCAAGUUCAGGCUCUCAUGGAGCUAUUCCGUUUGGGAGAGGAUCUAUGGAUGAUUGUAAUGGCUCAAACCAUAUCAUAAAACCUCAAAGAAAAUCUAGUCGUGGGAGGCCAACAGUGCCAGCCCCACCCCGUCCAACUAAUGCUGCCCCGGCACCUCCUGUAGGGGGUCUAGGUGGUUUAUUUGCUGGUGGUAUACCGCGGUUACCGAACAAAGGUGGGAGAACUGCAGGUGGAGCACCAAGAGCGCCAGGAUCAGGACCAUUAAGGCCACCAGGAGCAAAUAGGCCAGUACAGACUAAUAGCAAUAGUGUAAAUCAUAGUUUAGCUAAUGGACCAUCAAGGGGAGGGCCACCGCCCCCACCCCCUACAACAAAUAAACCAACACAUGCUCACAGUGAAACAGACUUAUCUAAUAUUCAUAAAUCAGUGACAGAUUCUAUAGCUAACUUUAACAAAAGUAGUGAAAAUAUCAAUUCAAAUUCACAUUCUGGUAGACCAUCAACGGGGUCACAUCAGAGAACUUCAGGAGCCGCUCCGAGUGUACCCAAGCCGCAACCACCGCCUCCACCUAGCAGAGGACCGCCUUCGGCGCCACCUAGUGGUGCUGCAUCACAUGGUGCUUCCAAUUCUAAUCGACCUCCGCCUCCAAAUUCGAGGCCUCCAAGUAUGGUUGGUCGCCCGUUGCCUCCUCCUCCCUCACCGGGGUUAGGAAACAAACAUGGUGGAUCAUUUCCUCCACCGCCACCCCCAAAUUCAAACAAAUUUGCACCUCCUCCUCCCCCUUCUAGUGCAAAUAAACCUCCUCCCCCUCCAUCUAGUGCAAACAAACCUCCGCCUCCCCCUUCCAGUGCAAGUAAACCUCCCUCACCCAUGCAAACUUCCCAGUCAAGAUAUCCUCCCCCUCCCCCUCCUUCAAAUGUUCCUCCACCUCCCCCAUCUUCUCGUCCACCCUCCAAAACAGGGCAUCAUCCUCCCCCUCCUCCCUCUAAUCCCCCAAGUCGACCAGGUCCCCCGCCCCCUCCACAAAGAACAACUCCAAUUAAUGGUACAAUUGGAAGGUCAGGGAGGGGAGGUGCACCACCCCCGCCCCCAUCCAGAGCGCCACAUUCCCAUGCACCUCCACCCCCGGAGAGAAGAUCUUCAUCACACUACUCAGGAUCUGGAGGACCUGAUGAUUUUGAAGUUCGAUUUCACUUCCAUGCUGCACAUGACUUCCCGCCUCCUGAACCAAUGGGAAGACAAAACAAAACUUACCCUAGUAAAAACGUGAAAACAAACAAUGAAAGGAGAGCUCCACCUCCACCUCCGCCAGGCCAUUGAUAUCUAAAUAUAGAAAUAGUGGCAGUGAAACAAUCAUAAAACUCUAAAUAUAGAAUUCAUGACCAUGAAUUCAUGAUAAAAUUUAUAAGUAACUUUCUUGGGUACAUGAGAAUCUACUGCUUGCAUUUGAUAGAAAAACAUUUCAGUACUGCAGUUUCUGACUGAAAGAAGGUUUGUGCCAAAUUGGCCAGUUGUUCAUGCCUGGAAAAAAACCGAUGUCAUUAAAACUUGGAAGAAAUGCAAGUCGUUCACAUAUGGAAAGCGAUUUCGCUUUCUUUGAAUGGGGAAAAAAAUGGCACAACUUCUUCCUUUGCGUAUUUGAUUUAUGGUAACGAGACCGGUACAGGUCAGGGAAAAAGUGCCAGAACCAAGUUUUUAUGUUGAAUUUUUAAAAAUGUGUUAAAGAGACUUGCAGUUCACGUGUGGAAUUGACACCUUUUUAUGUCAGAUCUUAUUCACUGAGAAGCUUGAUUGUGGCCAAGCGUCUGACCUGGUUUGUAGAGUUUGGUGCUGUAAUAUAGUACUGCCUUUAACCGGAAUGUUUUACCUGUGUUUGUAACUAAUGUGAUAGAAAGGAACAUUUCGUUCAAGAAAUGCUUGGUAGAAGGUACUUGGGCUUUUAAAACAUAAACAACACUUGAAAUGUGAUAUUAGAUAAAUCAGGAUUAACAACACCUGGAUAUUGUACGGAAUUUUCAUGUCUGAACAAAACUAGAAACUGUUUGUCAUUAAUAAUAAAUACAUGAAAAGUUUUUGGAAAAGGAAGUAAAUGAAAGUCAAAGUUCAGAGGAGACACUGGAAUGGCAUGCAGUAGUGUAUAUGAAUUUUAAAGUUAAAUCCGAUACACUAACUGGAAUAACCGGGUAUCAAGGGAAUGAAUAUAUUCCAUAACAAAAUAGCUCUUGGAGAAGAAAUGCAGCUGGGCAGAAGUGAUAGAAUGAAAACAAAUAUUUACAUAGACUUUUAUAGAUUUGAAAGAAAGUGAUAUUCAGUCAUGUUCAUUCCAGUUAUCAUAUAUAGGGGGAAGUACGAAAUCAUUAAAAGAUGUUAAUUAUAUUGACAUUUUGUAAACUGCUGUUUUUUGCCUUAUUUGGCAAAAAAUCACAAUAAAAAGGAGCUAUAAACAUACUGGUAGACAAUGAUGGGAAAAAUUCAAGAUCGAACAUGUUACAGUAGAGUAUAAAUGAAUUCUCCAUUAAACCUUGACACUGAAAACAAAGUGUUUAGUUAAGUUUAAAUUUCAGUAGCUGUUAUCUAGCAUGUCAUAUUUGGGCUUAAGUUUAAACGUGCUCCCUUUGAACAGCUUCUACGCACAAACAAGUAGUUCGCAGAAUACCUGGAUCUGAUUUUAAGUUUUUUUCCUAAAUGUUAAUGGCAAUUUGAUAUCUGCAUUAACAAAACUAUUAUUUAAAUAUCAUUGUUAUUGUUAACAGUGCACUGUCAUUACUUAGUAAAGCAUACAGAAAUUAUUUCAAAUACAUAACAUAGACCUCAUACACUGAUUAUCAUAGAUUAUAACACAUGUUCAAUUACCAAUCAGCCAUUUUCUUACCAUGAUUCAAUACAUGUGGAUACUUUCUUCCUAGAGUUGGCAUAUAAAAAUGGCAGUUUGCAUUUUUUGUAGAACAUUUAUUAUGUGCUGUGGAAUCAUUUAAUUUCGUGGGCACAAAAUUUCAUAGUUUUGGUCAAAACAAAUAUUCCAUUGGGAUAUGAAUUCAUAGAUUUAAAAAUUAAAAUUUUGAAUAUAAAUGAAUGGAAAUUUGAUAUUCCGGUAUUUGUUUGGAAUUAAUUUCAUGGGUUUACUCAACUACAAGUCCACGAAAAUUGGGUUUACUCAACCAUAAAAUCCACAAAAAUUGGGUUUACUUCACCAAAAAAUCUACGAAAAUCAAUCCCCCACAAAUAUGAAUGAUUUCACAGUAUGCUUUUUUUAUGUGUUUUAUGUUCUUGCUUAAGCAUUCCUUUGUUUACAUUCAUGUGCUAUUUUCAGAGAGGAAUUUGAUCGUGUAUAACUUAAUCAUCAAAUAUAUUGAUAUGUGUAUAUAAUUGGCUGGAAGUUGGUGAUUGGCAGUUGUGGUUAAUACCUGGACGUAUUCUAUAGCAGUAUCAUCGUAACAUCCACAGACCUGUUUUUUUUUUGUUUUUUUUUCAAAAUGAAGUAUUACUUCAAUAAACUUUACCAAAUUGAAGGGCUUGAAGAGAUAUUUAUAGAACAGUUUAAAUCAUGAAAAUAAUAACUUUUGUAGAUCAAAAGAUACGAAAUAUUAAGUUUCGUAAUUUCUGGUCAACUUCUUGGAAUACGUAUGGGGCCUUUAGGGUCGAAGUCAUUGCUGAUAUAAAUAGAAAAAAAAAAACAGUGCUUGCUCAGUUACUUGAUAAUUUUUAAAAGUUAGUUUCUUUUGCAUGAAGGACAUUGAAUUUUAUCUUGUCUUUAAAUUGUUUGAUAUUCAAAUUAGUGGUAAAUCUGUGAUUUCUCCAGGGUACAGCAUUUUUUAUAUUUUAAUGAAAUGUUCUUUCAAAUAAUCUUUUUGUAAUUAUGUACUAUUCAAUUCUCAGAAUCUCCCAUAUUGGAGUAUUCAGUGAUUUCAAGGGUUAUAAACAAAGUCUCAGUUUGAAAACCAUUUACAGAAUGCAGACUUGCCAUUGGUCAGUUCAAAAACAGUGUUAACCAGUCAGAUGCUAGAGUUUCGAGACUGAUCUCCAUGCUCAGUUUUAUAACCUUGGAUCUGCCUUCUUGGACUUGAAAUUUAAAAAAAAAAAAAUCUUGAAUCCAUUUUUUGUUACAGCCCGGUGACUGUCAAAAGAAAUUUUACAGAUACAUUAACCAGAUUUUUUCCCCAAAAAAACUUAAACAAGACAAAAUUUUAGAAUAUGAACAUUUUUGACAAGGCAGACCAGUAAACAUAAAUUUCCAUGUAUUGAGCCAUGUAUACAGUACAUUAUGCAUGAUUUUUGAAUUCUUGGAAUUACAUUGCAACUUUUUUUUAGUAAUUAUUGGUUUUAUGUUUAUAUCGGCGAUUAUUACAAGAAUAUCCCAGAUCGUUUGGGAAAGUAUUUACUCGGUACAGUGCAAGCAAUAUUUUUCCCGCCUUGAUGUAAAACUCUGUUAUUAUUUAUAUAUUAUUUUAAAUAUAUAUACAUACAUAAAUAUAUAGAAGCCAAUUUGAGUUGAGGUGUCAGUCUGCCAGUAAGAUGAUAACCGAUCUGAAAAUAGUUCUCUGGAAAAAUAUGCUCAAACCCUUUAUAUUUAUAUUUGUUUUGUUUUCUGUGUUAUUUUUUUUAGCUGCUUAAACAUUGAAGAAUAUAAAAUUAUCUGCAUCAGGAAUUGUUUUAUAUACCUGUCUCUGUAAACAAAAGUUUUUCCUUGUCAUGCGAUCGAUUUUAAAUAUCAUCUUUAACGCUCGUCAGUCAGGACAACAUUUUACAAUAUGCUUUAAGUUCGUGGGCAUGAAGUUUCGUGGUUUUGGCCAAGAUGGCUAUUUUGGGGUUUGGUGUGGGGUGGGGGUGGGUGAGAUAUACAUUUCAAUUUUACAGAUAAAAUGAAUAGGACUUUUAUGUUUGUUUAGAUUUGAUCUUGUGGAUUUAGGCAGCCAUAAAAAUUAUUCCUUCACGAAAAUUAUUGAUUUUGCAGUAAUCACUCGUCUUUACCCUGGCUAUAUAUUGCCUUAAACUGUUUUGCCCGUAUUUUCAUGAACAGGCUCAAUCAAACCGAGCCUGCAACAUUUUUGUUUAUGUCAUGUAGGGCGACCUGUGGUUUUCCACUUUUUUUAUUUCAUAAAAAUUAGUUUUUAUUUCGAUUUUAAUUGAUUGGUUAUCCUUUCUUGUUGAUCUGUCUGAGGUGUGUUGUUCGUAGCUCGUUCACUAAAUUGGCAAAUAUGGCCAAAGUUCAAAAUAUGAGCGAUCGGUUCAGUAGAAUAUCCACAGUUUUCUCUGUUUAAAAUCUCCCUAUUAGAAAAAAAACAUGUUUACAGUACAUUGUUUGCAGUAAUAUUUUUUGUUAAAUUUUGUUAUGUCAGAAUGACUUUUGUGUGAUAAAAUAAAAUUGCAAGAAUGUACAUGCAUAUACACUACUUACAUGAUUAUGUAAAUAAAAAGACUUAAUGACAAAAUAUUUGUAAAUUUUACUUGAUUAUGAAUAUUGAUAAUUGAAUUCAGGCUGGAUUCUGAAUUUAUGUAUAGAAUGCAUUAAAUUACAUCUACAGUUCUGAAUUUAUGUAUAGAAUGCAUUAAAUUACAUCUACAGUUGAGCCGUGCCAUGAGAAAACCAACAUAGUGGGUUUGCGACCAGCAUGGAUCCAGACCAGCCUGCACAUCCGCGCAGUCUGGUCAGGAUCCAUGCUGUUUGCUUUUAAAGCCUAUUGGGAUUGGAGAAACUGUUAGCGAACAGCAUGGAUCCAUGCUGGUCGCAAACCCACUAUGUUGGUUUUCUCAUGGCACGGCUCAGUUGUAUAUUGGGGACAUGAAAUAUGGUUUAUUUUUAGCUCACCUGUCACAAAGUGACAAGGUGAGCUUUUGUGAUCGCGUGGCGUCCGUCGUCCGUCCGUCCGUGCGUGCGUAAACUUUUGCUUGUGACCACUCUAGAGGUCACAUUUUUCAUGGGAUCUUUAUGAAAGUUGGUCAGAAUGUUCAUCUUGAUGAUAUCUAGGUCAAGUUCGAAACUGGGUCACGUGCGGUCAAAAACUAGGUCAGUAGGUCUAAAAAUAGAAAAACCUUGUGACCUCUCUAGAGGCCAUAUUUUUCAUGAGAUCUUCAUGAAAAUUGGUCAGAAUGUUCACCUUGAUGAUAUCUAGGUCAAGUUCGAAACUGGGUCACGUGGGUUCAAAAACUAGGUCAGUAGGUCUAAAAAUAGAAAAACCUUGUGACCUCUCUAGAGGCCAUAUUUCUCAAUGGAUCUUCAUGAAAAUUGGUCAGAAUGUUCACCUUGAUGAUAUCUAGUUCAAGUUCGAAACUGGGUCAUGUGGGGUCAAAAACUAGGUCAGUAGGUCUAAAAAUAGAAAAACCUUGUGAUCUCUUUAGAGGCCAUAUUUCUCAAUGGAUCUUCAUAAAAAUUGGUCAGAAUGUUCACCUUGAUGAUAUCUAGGUCAGGUUCGAAACUGGGUCACGUGCGGUCAAAAACUAAGUCAGUAGGUCUAAAAAUAGAAAAACCUUGUGACCUCUCUAGAGGCCAUAUUUCUCAAUGGAUCUUCAUGGAAAAAGGGUGAGAAUGUUCACCUUGAUGAUAUCUAGGUCAGGUUUGAAACUGGGUUACGUGCGGUCAAAAACUAGGUCAGUAGGUCUAAAAAUAGAAAAACCUUGUGAUGUCUCUAGAGGCCAUGUUUCUCAAUGGAUCUUCAUGAAAAUUGAUCAGAAUGUUCCUCUUGAUGAUAUCUAAGUCAAGUUCGAAACUGGGUCACGUGCGGUCAAAAACUAGGUCAGUAGGUCGAAAAAUAGAAAAACCUUGUGACCUCUCUAGAGGCCAUAUUUUUCAUGAGAUCUUCAUGAAAAUUGGUGAGAAUGUUCACCUUGAUGAUAUCUAGGUCAGAUUCAGAAGUGGGUCACGUGCCUUCAAAAACUAGGUCAUUAGGUCAAAUAAUAGAAAAACCUUGUGACCUCUCUAGAGGUCAUAUUUUUCAAUGGAUCUUCAUGAAAAUUGGUCAGAAUUUUUUAUCUUGAUGAUAUCUAGGUCACAUGUGCUCAAAAACUAGGUCACUGUGUCAAAUAAUAGAAAUAACGACGUCGUACUCAGUUCAACACUAGGUCAUGUGGGGAUAGGUGAGAGAUUCAGGACCAUCAUGGUCCUCUUGUUGAUACCAGUGAUACAAGUAAUACAUUAUUGAACUAGUUAGGCAAUCAAAGGGUGAGAGCGAUAGUGUUCUAAGUGUGCAUGAAUACAGACUUGUGCACUUACAUCUGGUUUUGCUUUCAUUCCUUGGAAUACUAUAUUUGUAGCUUAAAUAGGCAAUGUAGUGUAUAUUUCUUGGAUAGACUGUGGCUGACAAUCGGUCAGAUGUUCGGGACCUAUUACAAUUAAAAAACAAAUAAAAUUUUGGUAAAAAAUGUUCUUGCCUUUGUUCGGGUCUAAUGAAAUAACACUCUUGAGCCAUGGUGGUUGAAUUUGCGAAGUGGUCACUUUUCUCUCAGUUCAUUCCAUGAACUGGUCUUCUCCCUUGAACAUAAAGUGCUGAUAUUCAUUAUAAUAGUAAAAGAAUAUUUUCAGGAAAUGAAGUAUAGUGAAAAAAGAAAUUGAUUUGUGAAGGAAAAUAAAUCAGAGGAAAUAAAUCCAAGCAUAGGUUUUGCAUGAAAAAUCAACAAAUGUUAUCUUUAUUUUUUGUUAGCUGUAUUUGUUUGUCAUUUCACAAGGAAUAUAUUUAACCCUUACUCUGCUAAAUUUCUAGAAUGAACUUGUCCAUGUUCCAAUUUCGACAGUACCAUUAACUGUUAAAAGGGGUUCUUACCAAAAAGUUACUAACUGAAUGGCGAACAGUGCUGAUCAUGAUAGACUGCAUGGAUGUGCAGGCUGAUCAUGAUCUACACUGGUCGCAAAGGCAGAAUCAGUUGUGUCCAGCAUGGUAAGGGUUAAGAGUUCGUUGUCUGUAUUAUUAUAUUUGGUUAAUGUUUAUUAUUAUAUCAAUUUUAUUUUUACAACUUUCUGUCUUAAGAAUUAGCCAUAUCAGUUUUGUUUUCGGUCAUGUUGUAUGUUAUACUAAUUAGCGCUGUCUGUUUGUAUUACGUAUACCCACGUUCUUAUGUAUGUAGACGAAAAUCUCCUACAAUAUAAUGGAUUUAGAGAGUGCUGUUUGUAAUCCAACAGAAUUUUGUAAACCAUAUGUCAUUUAUUCAAGUUUGCAGAAACCUUGGUUAUAUCUGUAGUUUUAAUGACUUUGCAAAAUAAAAAAAAUCUGUGCAGUUGAACCUGCCUUAAUUAUAGCCAGUCUUAAGCAGCCAGUAUGCCGAUCAGUUUGAUAGUGUCAAAGCAACAUGUUUAUUACAUGUUUUUCAGUGAAUUAUUGAAAUAUUAGAGUGAAACAAAUCUGGUAUUUUCACAUUGAAAAAUAUUGAUAUUUACUGAUUUGAAACUAUAAAAUUGGUUAAUUUUAGUCGAAACAUGAAAGGAAAAGAAAAUUUGUUUUACAUGUAAGAUCAAAAUAUCUUUCACUCAUGAACUCCUUACCUUACAUUUUCACUCAGGACCACUUGUGAAAAUAUUGCAUCAGGCCCCGUGUUCACAAAACAUUUUUCGGUCUCAGCUGAGUUUGAGUUUGAAAUUUAAAUAUCAGUUUUACUAAAACUUCAUGGUUAAAUUCCAAAUGAGACUGACCAUCAGUACUAAUUAGUCACUUGAAAAUAGUUAUUAACUUAAAAUCUAAUUUUAAACAUGCUACUUAGAUAUAAAUGACAAAUAAAGUUUCGUUAUCAAACUCAGCUGAGACUGAAUAUGUUUUGUGAACACGGGGCCUGAUGUUCAGAUGUGAACGAUAGUUUCAUCUUACACUGAAACAAAGAAAUAUCCUAUUUUUAUUAUGACCAAGUUGUCUUCCAUUAAAUAAAUCAAACUUGGACUAGAGAAGCUAACUGUUACACAAUUUUUAUCAGAUACUGCCAGCUUGCUUAAUUAGCAGCGGUAUUUUAUUAAAUUGCUUACGAUAAUAUGUAGAGGAUGUUUUAACGUGAUAUAUAUAUCUACAUAUAUAUGCAUGCUUGUAGUAUUGUGCCUGGAUUUUAGCCAUUCCAAUUUCGGGCUGGAUUGAAACUUGGAUGAAUUGAAAAUAUUAGUACCUAGGUUUUAAAUUACGGAUAUAUUUUAAUCAGAUUUAUGCCAAGUUUCAAGACAGCCUGAGCUUAUCUGUGUAAAUAUAGAUUCUAUUGCCUCGCCAAUAUUUAUUUGUAUCAAAUAUAGUGUGUAGACUUAUCAGCCCGAUUGUUAAAAUGGAAAUUUUUUGUUUUUUAAUUCUUUGAUAUAUGUAUAUAAAUGAAAGCUAAUAAAAAUGUAAAUAUAAAUGA